ACUCCUACUCUUACUUAUCAUACACCCCUACGCUAUCCGCAUUAUUAGAAUCAACCUAUCGUAGUACGCAAUCGUCAUUCAAGCUGACAUCAGUCAUUCAACCAUCAGCACCCGGUGUACCACACAUCCCUAAUACAACAAAGGAACUCGAAUGCAUCAAAAAUCACUUUGGUGAUAGAGACCAUAUUAUUCUUAAUGGUCAAGCAGGAACGAAGAAACGGGUGACAAAGGCAAUGGAGGACAGUAACUGGGUUCAUCUAGCUUGUCAUGGCUCGCAGAGGCAAGAAGAACCGACGAAGAGCGGCCUCAUUCUCGAAGACGGUCACCUGACUCUCGAAGAGAUCAUCAAACUCGAUCUCCCCAAGGCAGAGUUCGCAUUCCUGUCGGCAUGUCAGACGACGACCGGAGAGGAGACGCUUUCGGAUGAAGCGGUGCAUAUUGCGGGAGGAAUGUUACUCGCCGGAUAUCGAGGGGUGGUGGCUACAAUGUGGUCUAUUCAGGACGAUCUAGCGCCAGAGGUAGCGGACGAGUUCUAUCGACGUAUUCUGGUGGAUGAAGGUAGACCGGACAGCAGGAAAGCAGCGGAGGCACUACAUUAUUCGAUACAACGGCUUCGUCAAAAGGGAGACGUCGCACUUACUUCGUGGAUUCCAUUUGUACACCUAGGGGUAUAG